AUGGGAACAGAUUCCAGAUUCCGGCUUGGUUUCAGUUCCAUUUAUGACUCCAAAGUAAGAAAUGCUUUGUUUUCUUUUGUGAACAUGAUUGAUUAGAGCUGUGUGAAAGGCAGCAUUAUUUUUAUUUAGCAUGUGAUUUUUUUCCCCCCAGGUGGUGUUAGAUGUUACAUAUGCUUCUAAAUUCUCGAAGCCUCAAUCAAAACAGAGCAUAUAAGGAGCAGCAAGGGCGGGGAAUAUAGAAGCUUUUCAAAAAUAUUCAUGUCCUCCUAAUUAGCUGGUACAGGGAUCAGAGGGUCAUAAUUUACCUCCUAAAUAAGUGAUUGGUAGAAUUUUAUUUCUCUUUGUGUAGAGUGCUAGUGUAUCCACAAGUACACACACACACAAAUACAGCCUACCUUGUAGAAGCUUCAGAAAACACUGUAACAGCCAAGCUACAUUAAAGUUAUAUUAAAUCACAUUUACAGCAUAAUCUAUUCUGACUUUAAAGUGAAUGAAUGUAGCAUUAUAUCACUCCCUGUGCUAAACGUGGCAAAUAUGCUAUUGUGUGAGGAGAACAAGUGCUUUCAACUAUCCAUCCAUCUAAUGAUAACCUGUUCAGCAUUACCAAACUGUAGCCUGGGCUGAGCUCUGAAUAGUGAGGAGGAUGUUCUUUAUAUAUCUGUAGAAUCAUAGAAUUGGAAGGGACCCUGAGGAUCAUCAAGUCCAACCCCCGGUGCAAUGCAGGAAUAGGCCGCUGUCCCAUACGGGGAUUGAAGCUGCAACCUUGGGAUUAUCAGCAACACACUCUAGCCAACUGAGCUAUUGUAGUAAACAAAAGCUUGCAUUUCAUAUAACAUCAGGUACAGUGGUACCUCGGGUUACAUAUGCUUCAGGUUUGCUUCGGGUUACAGACUCUGCUAACCCAGAAAUAGUACCUCAGGUUAAGAACUUUGCUUCAGGAUGAGAACAGAAAUCGUGCUCCAGCGGCGUGGCAGCAGCAGGAGGCCCCAUUAGCUAAAGUGGUGCUUCAGGUUAAGAACAGUUUCAGUUAAGAACGGACCUCCGGAACAAAUUAAGUACUUAACCCGAGGUACCACUGUAGUUAUAUCCAUCAGGGCCAGUUACAGUGGGCCUCUUGUCCCAUCACUGUUUGUCGGUGAUGGAACCUGGUUGGCAGUGCUGGCUUCUAAAGCAUACAGCAGGAAGGCACUCCAAAUCAUAGAACCAUAGAAUGCAUUGGAAGGGACCACGAGGGUGUAACAAACGACAUGGUUUGUAUGGGCCUAAAGAUGGCUGAAGAACACCACAAAAUGGAUGCGAUGUCUUUGAACUGUCCGUGACCUGUCCGUGACCUGUGUUGUAUAAGCGCUAAUGGAAUGUGGAAAACAUCAUGAUGUUGUGGCAAAAACAGUGUGUGCUAGGUAUGGUACAGAACAGCACAUACAAGGAGGCAUGGAGAUGGCAGUACCUUUGAGAUAAGAUAAGAGUUAUGAGAUGAUGCCAAGGACAAGGAUGUGAGAUGCCAAAAACAAGGAGUAAGGAGUUGUGUAAUGCCAAGAAUCAGAUGAAGAACAAGGAGUAUAUAUGGCAAAGCACUCUAGCUUAAGUUGUGGGCCGGACAUUGACAGUGCUGUCGGUGGCUCUUACUGAAACUGAUCACUUCAGUGAAGAGUGAAGAAUGGUGAGUAUGACUGAUAUAUGAACGGAAUGAGUGGAAUGAAUGGUUGACUGCAUAUUCUUUGUUUUGACAUGUGAAUUACUUGUUAAUCAAUAAAGCAAUAUUAUAGAAAACAUUCAAUACAGUCAUACCUCAUGUUACGUUUGCUUCAGGUUGCGCAUUUUCAGCUUGCAUCCCGUGGCGACCCAGAAGUACCAGAAAGGGUUACUUCUGGGUUUCACCGCUUGCACAUGCGCAAAUGAUGUCACGCGCAUGCACAGAAGCAGCGAAUUGCAACCCGCGGAGGUGCAGGUGGCAUUCUUUUCAGGUUGCGAAUGGGCCUCCGGAACGGAUCCUGUUUGCAACCAGAGGUAACACUGUAUUGGUUGUCUCAUGUUUACUUGUGCCUUUCUAAAGUAUACUCGGUCUCAUCCAUGUUAAACACCUAAACAGGUUAAAAGAACCUAAUUGGUCAUUACAAGGGUCUUCCAGUUCAACCCCCUGCAAAGCAGGAAUCGUUUGCCCAAUGUGGGGCUCAAACCCAUGACCCUGAGAUUAGGAGUCUUAUGCUCUACCAACUGAGCUAUCCCAGCAGAACUGGGCUCACAAAGAUUCUGGCUGGGCCCCACAGCUCCUCCCAGGCAGCAGCAAGGCGACUGAGCUGACUGUGGAUGCUGUCAGGACUCAGCCAGGCACACAUAUUCACCCCACCUGCCCUAAGAGCCAGCAAUGGGAUUGGGCAGCGAGGGAUCCUGCUGGGCUUCUGGGCCCUUCGCCAGUGCCCCACCAAGCCCAUUGCUGCUCCCCAGCCCGUUGCCCCCCCCUCUCUACAAUGAUUUGUCCAAUACUAGAGUUUUGAAAAGAUCUCCAAAAGAAAUCAUGAGCAAUGUAAUAUUCUUAACUUAUUCUGCCAAUAAUCUUUCAUCCACUCACAAUGAUUACUGUACUAGGAGCGCAAGUUGCUUGGUCCAUUAGUGAUCUUUCAUUUUUUGGCACAUUUUUAAUGCUAAUCCUUAUUUGCAUACAAAAUACGGAGUUUUAACCCAAAUAGAUAAAAGAUGAGUAGAGUAUAAUUUGACUCUUUGCAUUUCAUAUCCAGAAACCUAAUUGCCAAUUCACAGAAGAGCAGAUCAUCAAAUUUUCAAUGCUCUGCUCAAAGAAAUGGCAAGCAAUCUGCUAGGCUGCAUUUUUGAAUGUUGCCUUUUGCAUAAGAACUGACCAUUUGCAUACAGACGGAAAUGGCAUAGAGAUGUGCAGAGCCUACAUUCCAGUAUUGGUGCAUUCGGGGAGAUAUUUCAACCCAAACAUUUCCAAAGUGAAUUGUUUGAAUUCAACUUUGGCAGCUGAUUCAUGCUUGAGUUCCAAAAACUACUAUUGGAGAUGCAUUGGCAAGAACAGAAAACCAGUGUCAAAAAUAUUCCUUCUGCAAUCAGCAAGAUGAUCUGCUCAGUUCCCUCGAACAGAGUAUUCUGUAAUGUCAGCAGAAUCCAGUUGCCAACCAAUGAGGCUUUUCCAAAGGUUUCUUUUUGACCUCUUUCAAACUCAGUCCAGACCUGUGAUUGGUCUUGUCAAUCUGAAAAAUCCUGACUAGGAGAUGCGAGGAGUUCAGUGAGCAAAACUACAAAGGAUUAAUAAAUUAGUAGUAGUUCUUUGGAUUGACUCACUAACUGGAUUUCCUUAGCUGAAGUCCUCUCCCUGGACUCAGCUAAACAGCUGCAAAUAAAACGUUUUAAGUGUGUUGUAAAGUGCAAUAUACAAAUCUGACAUGAGAUGGCGACAGUGAGCUAUGGCAAAUUCAGUGUAUUUUUCAAAACGUUUUUAAGAAAAGCAUUUUCACAGUGUUUUUUAUUGUGUGUAGAUUCCACCCCUGUCUCUCAUAUUUGUGCAUGUGGGGGGAUAAAAAGGUAAAAUGGUGAGUGUAUCAUGUCUCCAGGAAAGCAAAAAUCUCAUUUUUUUCAACUGUACUCCCCCCUGCAAACUAUGUAUCUUGUGUCCAAAAAAUAAACCCCUGCCUUCAGCUAUGAAUAAUUUGAUAUGUAAUAACAAUAGCAAAUGGUAUGUUCAAAGUUCCCAAAGUUAAUGGAAAGGAACAGGAAAAAUAAACAUGCAACCGGUUAACCAUACAGUGCAUGAUAAAUUGCUAUGCUUUGUACAGUGUGCGUCCCACCGCUCAUGAGAUAAUGCUGAACUACUAUGCACCCAUUAUGAAGUGCAGAUCGCAUAAUAAUCUGUGUAUCAUAUUCUCACAUCCAAACUUAACUGUUCAUACUUUUAUAUUUUAAUAUUGUUAUUAUUUAAAUUUAUUCUGCACACUUUUUGGGAAACACUUCCCCAGCCCCUGCCCCCCACCCUACAAAAACUUCAUAGCCCCUCUGGUUGAGAAAUACUAUGCUAAAGUAACCAAACCUUACCUCUAUGAGCCUGGAGAAGGUACAGCUAUCAGAAAUCAUGCAGCCUUUUGCAUCUGUACUAUAGCUUGAGCCUGAAGAAGACAACAUUAUUAAGUUUGCCCCUCCCUUCUCCCCCUGUAAACAUAUGUCUUCGGAAACAAUUCAAUUUUACUUAAUGAUCAAAUUUAAUUUCAGCAGCCAUUUGAGAGAAAUUGUAUUGAGGCCCAUUACAUAAAUAAAAGCUAUCUGGGUGCUAUAAUUCUGACCAGAGACAUGAAAAUUAUACCUCUCCUUUGAUGUGUUGACAGGCAGCACAUAUGAAUUUACCUAUUGUAGAACUAUCUUUCUAGAGAAAUAAAUAUGGGCAUGGUCCAAGUGUUGGCACAGUAUACGUGGGCCAGACAGUAAAUAACAGAUAGCUAAGCCGUCCUGCAUUAUGUAAUCUAGGAUUGCUUUGGUCUGAUGAACAUUUACUCUAUUCACUUUAAUGUUUAUCGGUAGCUAGCCUUUAUUCGCAGGACCUUACAUGCUGAAAAUGGCCAUAUUAAUUUUAAAUAGUAUCUGAAUUAACUCAGUAAAGUUUUUGGCCUUGGGACCAGAGCCUUAUACGCUGGAAAUUACCCAAUUUGUUUUAGCUGAUGCUGAUGAGUUUACUUCAGUUAAGCUUCUGGCCUCUGUAACCACAAGAAAUUAAGGAGAAGGAUAUAUUUUCUUGGUGAGUUCUCCAGCGUAGUUUUUCAUAUAUAUUAUAAGAAAGAGAGAGGUCCUUUCUGUUAAUGAUAUUAAAAUGGUAAUGAAUUUCUUGAAGCACAUUAGGAGUGGGCAUGGUGACACCACUCGUUAGGUCUUUGUUUCAGCUAUUAAAGUCUUCAGCUUCUGGGUUUCAUGUGGCUCCACAGCAGUAAUGCUCAGGCAGCCAUGACUUGAAGGAGGAAACAAGGCUGGGACUUCAUCUGGUUAGCUACUGAGGAGGUGUGUGCUCAGCAUCAAAGCCUGAAUUGCAGAUCCUCCUUUUGUUGUUUAGUCAUUUAGUCGUGUCCGACUCUUCGUGACCCCAUGGACCAGAGAACGCCAGGCACUCCUGUCUUCCACUGCUUCCUACAGUUUGGUCAGACUCAUGUUUGUAGCUUCGAGAACACUGUCCAACCUUCUUGUCCUCUGUCGUCCCCUUCUUCUUGUGCCCUCCAUCUUUCCCAACAUCAGGGUCUUUUCCUGGGAGUCUUCUCUUCUCAUGAGGUGGCCAAAGUACUGGAGCCUCAGCUUCACGAUCUGUCCUUCCAGUGAGCACUCAGGGCUGAUUUCCUUAAGAAUGGAUAUGUUUGAUCUUCUUGCAGUCCAUGGGACUCUCAAGUGUCUCCUCCAGCACCAUAAUUCAAAAGCAUCAAUUCUUCAGCGAUCAGCCUUCUUUAUGGUCCAGCUCUCACUUCCAUAUCUGCAGAUCCUCCGUGUCCCUAUUUUCCAGGGACGGUCCCGGAUUUACAAAAGCUGCCCCAGUUUCUGAUUUGAUCCCAGAAUGUCCCGCUUUUCGUAAGGAUGUCCCUAUUUUCAUCUGGGAAGUGUUAGAGAGUGUGGAGUUAUGUGACCCCCCAAGCCAAGGAGAUAAAUAACUAUACAACUUUUAGAAGACAUCUGAAGGCAGCCCUGUACAGGGAAGUUUUAAAAUGUUUUAUUAUAUUUUUAUAGAUGUUGUGUUGCCAUAAUAUCUGCCCUAUCUCUUGAAUGAACCAAAAAUACAUGAGACAGGGGUGGAAAAGAGAGUCCAAAGUAUCUUAUUUCUGCACAGAGGUCCAGCGGGAUAAUUCCACAAAGACUGGACCCUUGCCAAAGAAUUCUAUACCAUUUUUUAUAUAUUGCACACAUCCCAUGCAUUUCAAUAAAGUUCCUUCAUACAUUCUAAUGCAGUUCAAAUCCCUUAUCCAAUCAAAACACUCAGUUCCUCUCACCCCACUUCCUUUUAAGGCACUUAACCCUGUGAUUGCUCUACUUUUGCUGCAGUUGGGAUCAUGCGUACUGGCUACCAGUUUAGACAAAGGAGCGUCGUGUGAUUGGUCAGGUUUUACCACAGUCUCGAGCAUGCUCAGUAUGCCAAGACCUUAUUUGGUAUGAUUCUCUGAAAUUUAUGUAAUUUAUUACCUCAUUUUACCUCAGUUGGAAGCAGCCCAGAGUGGCUGAGGAGACCCAGUCAGAUGAUUACAGUGUAAAUAAAAUAAUAAUAAUAAUAAUAAUAAUAAUAAUAAUAAUAAUUAGGACAUCCCUAUUUUUAUCAGAGAAAUGUUGGAGGGUAUGGAAUUGGAUAUAUAAGUCCCCUAUAGUAGGCAUUGUUGCAGUCUAUGAACUGGCCAUGACUAAUGUUAGAAACCUGGGGCUGUAUUCAUCUAAGUUUUACUCUGAGUAGACCUAUUAAUAAUAAUUGCCCUAAAUUAGUCAUGCCUAUUAAUUUAAAUACAACUCCUGACCUCCUGGCUCCAGCUUGCAAGCCCUCCAAUUCAACUGAUCUUAGGGAUCCAGAGCUCAAUGGUGGUCUCCAGCUAUGGCCACUUGGUCCCAUCCUGGCUCUGUGUGAAGGUUAUCUGAGCAGCAAGAUAAGCAUCACUAACAUCUGUCCAAAUUAAAACAUUCCUCUGAUAUGAUUUCCAGUUUGUGAUCCAUCAAAAAUAACCCCAAAUAGAUAUGAAUAGUUUGAAUGGAUUCUUUAAAAGGACUGGUAUCCACUUAGCAUAUCACUAAAAUGCUCCUUGAACCUGCACAGUAAACAAAAAACAAUGCAGUGCUUUAAAUUUAAUUUUCCUUUUCGUUUUUUAAAUCACAAUUUUAUCCCCACCCCGAUUACUCACAGCAAAUAAAAUCAGUGACCUUCAGAUGACAGAAUGAUUCAUCUUCAAUAUUGUUAUGCAUAAAUAGUAGCAAAGAUGACUAAGCUAUGAAUCUGGAAGCCCCCUUUUCAGUUCUUAGCUCUGUUGUGAACUCUCUUGACAUACACAACCCAGCCCUUGUUACUCUGCAAUAUUUUAGGACUGCUCCUUCAUGUGUUCUAUCAACAAACUUCUCAGCCAAGGUGAGGUUCCACCAUCUUCAAAAACAGCAAAAUUUGGGAUGAGGCUUCAAGAUUCUUAAAAAAAGCAAAGACAGGCUGCUCCUCUGAGGUAAGUGUGAUGUUCAUCCCAGCUUUAAGAUCCUGACAGUGCAGUAAAAAAGGUAAGGUAAAGGACGGCUGGAUGGUUAAGUCCAGUCAAAGGCAACUAUGGGGUUGUGGUGCUCAUCUUGCUUUCAGGCCGAGGGAGCCAGCGUUUGUCCACAGACAGCUUUCCAGGUCAUGUGGCCAGCAUGACUAAACCGCUUCUGGUGCAACGGAACACCGUGACACAGAGUGCACAGAAACGCUGUUUACCUUCCAGCUGCAGUAUUUAUCUACUUGCACUGGUGUGCUUUUGAACUGCUAGGUUGGCAGGAGCUGAGACAGAGCAAUGGGAGCUCACCCUGUUGCUGGGAUUCAAACUGCCAACCUUCUGAUCAGCAAGCCCAAGAGGCUCAGUGGUAUAGACCACAGCACCACCCACAUCCCAAUCCUAUGCAUGUCUACUGAAAGGAAGUCCCAUUGAGUUUAAUGAGGUUUAAUCCCAGGUCAGUGUGUCUGGGAUUGCAAUCUAAUUAUGCAAUGCUUCUGAAUCAUUAUAUUCUGCAGUGCUACAGAAUAAUUAAAGCAGUGAAAUUUAAAUUUAUGCUUGCAAUUGUUUUUAUUUAUUUGGUUGCAUGAAGAAAACAUACUACAACAGUGAGACUAAUUGGAAGUCAUUUUUAACACUUUUUGUUUUUCCCACAAGAUUUAUAAUUAUUUGUAUUGUUGGGUGUAUAAAUGAUGUUUGUUAUACUAUUAUUGUUUUUUUUCCUUUUUAUAAAUGUAUUUAUUUAAAAAAAAUAAAGACAUUAAAUACGGGGUGGGGGGAGAAGAAGAAGUAAACAUACUAUAGUGAUUAAGACCUGACGCUGUGCUCUUCCGUUGGUUAAUGUAAUGUCCAUAACAUAUUCCUCAGUUUCUGGUACUGUUUUUUUUUUCCCUUGCAGCAGAGAUAAUGCCAACCUGGGCCACACACUUUGUUGUAUAAUGAACAGAAAACAUGCAAAGUAAGGAUUUAAAACUCAUAGGCAUCUUAAGAGCAGGGAGAGGGCUUCGGGGACAAAAAAUAUCUCUCCUCUACUAUUUUGGAUUACAGAAGAUUUGCUCUGUGCACAGUGAUAAGGAAUAGCUGUUAGCAAAAUCACGGUAUCACAUUGCGGCGCUGAAGCUUCUGCAGGGGGAUCUAAAUGUAUGUUUGCAGUUGCUACUCUUGACAUCUUCAAUUCGAAGAAGGUUUAAAACAGCUCAAGAAAGACAGGCUCCUCCUUGUUACUAAAGCAGAAAGAGGAGAAAAGAGGAUUUGUAUUUAUUAAGGUCUCAAAGCUGUGUGUGAUUGAACAUGUGCCUGCUUUUCCUGGGGUCCUGGAUAGGAUUCAUGGCUGCAGAAGCAUUGUUAGGCUUAAAGUGGUGCUGGGAACGGUGCUAGGCAGGGCCACCUUACAUCCCCUGGACUGCCCUGCAUUCUCUGCCACCACCAGCUUAUUGCGCCUGGCCACCUCCUUGGUGCCAGUCCACAACUCCAUCCCUGCUAUUGCUUGUAUGAGAGAAAGAUGCAGCAGCAGCAGCCCCAGCCUCCAUUUGAAAAUGGAGCUUAUAGAAUAAUAGAAUAACAGAACUGUAGAGUUGGAAGGGACCCAAAUCUAGUCAUCUAGUCCUGACAUGAGGUGGGAAUCAAAAUCAGCUGUCAUAUUUAAGUGCGUUAUUUUUCGCUCUAUAGGACGCACCCGACCAUAGGACGCACCUAGUUUUAGAGAAAAAUUUUUUCUCUCCCUCUCUGCACAGUGCCCCUUCAGUGAAGUGGCAGGAGAAAUGGAGCCCCUUCCAUUUCUCCUCCCGCUUUGCUGAAGGGGUGCUGCGCAGAAAGGGAAAGCUGCGCAGUGCCUCUCCAGCGAAGUGAAGCCAGGAGAGCAAGAGGGAUCGCUCCAUAAGAUGCACACACGUUUCCCCUUAAUUUUUGGAGGGGGAAAAGUGCAUCUUAUAGAGCGAAAAAUACAGUAGCUCUGUUUCUAUUAAAUGUUUCUCUAGCUGCCCUGCUCCCAGUGCAGCCUAUUGCCAGAAAUAUUGCCUGGGAGACCACAGAAUAUAAAUUCUGUCUUUGGUGAGGGAAUAUCAGACUACAGCAACUUUGGACUGGGAGUGGGAUCUGGGGAGACCAGGUUACCAAAAUGGGGAAGGUCCUGGGGUAAAUUGCAAAUAGGUUUUUGCAAAACUGUAGUAGGAUCCGGGUCAAAUUCCCCAUUGCCACAAUCUUUCUGUUCUGUUUUAUCACCCCUGCCCCUGGUGGUAUCACGAACUAUUAUUUGCAGUUUGUCUGCCCAAUCUGUAAAAAGGGAAGAAAAACACACACAAGGAAGGCUAUUUUUAGAAAACUGUAGCAGCCUUUCUUAUAAAAGAAGUGUAAAAGUGUAUAAGAUGUCUCCCAUCUAACUAGAAAAUUGGUUGGAGAGGGAUAUGGUAAUUUUAAAUGAUAGCAAUUGGAAUCUCCAAGGUAACUGGGUGCUAAGGAAACAGGUUGUGAAUAAUAGAAAAUAUUUUAAAAUUCAUGGCUCAUUAAAUUGGGACUCAGUGAAACUCCUCUCAUCUAUGUGAUAGGAAAACGUAGGGUUCCUUUAAAAGCCACUUAAAGGUGCACCGUUGAUAAAUGACUUCAGCAUACCCACUGACUUCAUCAUACAACAUCCCUGUUCCGUAUUUUGAGAACUGAGCAUGUAUGGUGUCCAUAGGGGCAGAAACAUUCAAUUGCUGACAUUUCUAAUUGAAAUAAUUACUACAGCACAAAAAUAAAGGUUGAAACAGCAGUGCUUACUGGCGUAAUUAAAUAUGCUAACACCUCCAACCAAUAGGUGGUGAUAUAUUUUUCCUUAUUUGCUAUUCUAGGACGCGGGUGGCGCUGUGGUCUAAACCACUGAGCCUAGGGCUUGCCGAUCAAAAGGUUGGUGGUUAGCUCCCGUUGCUCAGUCCCUGCUCCUGCCAACCUAGCAAUUCAAAAACAUAUCAAAGUGCAAGUAUAUAAAUAGGUACCGCUCUGGCGGGAAGGUAAACGGUGUUUCCGUGCACUGCUCUGGUUCGCCAGAAGCGGCUUAGUCAUGCUGGCCACAUGACCUGGAAGCUGUACACCGGCUCCCUUGGCCAAUAAAGCGAGAUGAGUGCCCAACCCCAGAGUCGUCUGCGACUGGACCUAAUGGUCAGGGGUCCUUUACCUUUAACUAUGUGAGCCCAGAAACAUUCUCGUGUGCUGCAAACUCUGCUCUUAAAAAACACACAAAAAAACCCCCCACACACUUCUCAGGUUUUGCUUCUGUCUGGGAAUCUAUGAUUCCGAUCGAUGGCUUCAAGUACAUAGGUCAAAUACACAAGGUGAAAAUUUAUUUCCCUUCUGUGCUUCUCCAUUUAUUAUCUUGUUUAUGGGAGAAGACCUGGUACACUAAUUAUCCUACUAAUUACCAUGCUAAUAAAAAAAACUACACAGGAACCUGAUGACCUAAAAGUUUGCCGUCUUGCUCCAGUGAUUAAACUACCCUGUGCUGCUAAACACCAUAUUUUAUGAUCUAGGUCACUAUUUAUCACCUAUCCUCACUCAGCAGAUUCAAACGCUUCCUCCAGGAAGCCUGCAACUUAAUAACAAUUAUGAUUUAUGAAUCAUAUUUCUGCAUUAGUCUGUUUUCUUUCCUGCACCUGACUGACCGUAUACGAUCACGUAUAAUUCUCUGUCAGGUUUCAAAAUGGAAAGGAGUCAUAACUUUUUACCAGUGCUUUAAGAGAGCGAUUUGUCUUGCAGUGGGACUCUGAGUCUGAAAACUCUUAACGACUGUGGUAUUGCUGUUCUGGUCUCAAUAAAUGGAUUAGAUAAUUACACGGGUUUAAAACUCCAUUGGAGGGUAUAAGGAGAGGCAAACCAGUGCUGGAGAGAGCUGAGCACCUACAGAAGUAGUACCUCGGGUUAAGAACUUUGCUUCAGGAUGAGAACAGAAAUCGCGUGGUGACGGCGUGGCGGCAGUGGGAGGCCCCAUUAGCUAAAGUGGUACCUCAGGUUAAGAACAGUUUCAGGUUAAGAACAGACCUCCAGAACAAAUUAAGUUCUUAACCCGAGGUACCUACUGUACACAGAACAGCUUCCUCCAGUGAAAUGUGUGGAGCUCUUAGAGGAGGUAAAGGUACCUUUGUAUGCAUCAGUCACUGAGCUGAAAAAAAUAGCCACCCACAAUCGGAGUCCUAUUCUGACACCUACUUAGAAUAAUAGAUUCAUAGAAUUGUAGAGUCGGAAUGGGUCCCCAAGGAUCAUCUAGUCAGACCCCCUGAAAUGCAGGAAUAUCAGCUGGAGCAUCCAUGGCAGAUAGCCAUCCAACUUCUGCUUAAAACCCUCCAAGGAAGGAGUGUCCACCACCUCCAGAGGGAGACCAUUCCACUGUCCAAAAGCUCUCACUGUCAGAAAGUUCUUCCUGAUGUUUCGUCAGAAUCUCCUUUUUCGUAACUUGAAUCUAUCGGUUUGGGUCUUAACCUCCGGAGCAGGAGAAAGCAAGCUUGAGUCGUCUUCCAUGUGACAGCCCUUUAGUUCUAUAAGGAAGCAGGGAAUAAAUGUUUUCAGGAGUUUCUUAUCUUUGUUCCUUUCUGAAGAGCACUGCGCACCUACAGUUCUGGGUCACUAGGCUCGCCCUACUUUCAGUUCCUGGUUCAAGAGCCCCAUUGGUUCCUUGAAAGGGGGUAGAAACAAGAUAAAGAUAGUCUUUUCUAAAAAUAGCACUGUUUAGUUACAUUUAUAGUCUGUCUUAGCCGUAGGGCUCACCGUGGAUGACAUUUACUCAUUAUUCUUUGAAGAAAAAUGUCUCAGCUGCAGUAUGUGCAUCAGGUCCUCUCUCAUUGCCCCUGGAUUCAUCCAGACUUCUAUCUUUUGAUCCAUUAAUCUCUGCUCCAUAACAAGGUCCGUGUAAGUGUUUGAUGUAAAAGAUUAUUAAUGCUAACUGACAUGUGACCCCAGCCCUUAUUGCCUUUCUCUCCAGUGUAGCCAUGCCAAUAUUUAUUCUGUUUUUUAUUGCAUUGUUUCACUCCUAACUUGCAAGAGACUUUUAUUUCCUACUUUAAUCUUGAAACUUAUCUAUACCAUUUUCUAAAGUCUCCACGUCUCCGAAAUUGCAUUCUUCGCCUUUCUAAUAGCAUUCUCUUUUCUGCUCAGCAUCCAGGGCUAGAAAGGAAACUUAGUUGAGAAAUGCAGGCUCACUUGUUUCAUGCCAACUUUUAUCAAUGAUUCAUUUCUCUCUGUGUUUUCAGUAAAUGAAGGCCUAUAGCGUGGGAAAUAAACUCUAUUUCUCGAAGGAAAAUGAAGCUGCAAUCUCCAACCUGGAAGUAAAACCCAUUGACCUCAGGGCACAGGAGUGUGUUGUGAAUAGCUAAAACCUGAAACAGGAUGAUGUAAAACACGUACACAUUUUAUUUAUUUAAUAAAUUUGCAUACCACCCUUAAUCCGUAGAUCUCAGGGCAGUUCACAACAUAAAAUUACACUAUCAAAAAGAGAAAGUACAUAAUAAAAAUAAGAAUGAAAACAAAACCAGUAUUUUCCACCCUCCCACAACACAUUUAAAAUGAUGUCAGACCCUCUAGGUGUCCCUAUUUCCCAGGGACAGUCCUGGAUCUACAGAAGCCAUCCCAGUUUCUGAUUUGAUCCCGGGAUGUCCUGCUUUUCCUCAGAACAUUCCUAUUUUCAUCUAGAGAGAGAAAAAGGCACUGAUUAGACAUAUAAGUUACUCAUUUGUUUGCAUAUUUUAAUUACUAGAUUUAACAUCCUCUGGGUAGUCUACAAAACUCAAUAAAACAUUUGCAUGCAAUGCCAUCAAUAAAGCAAAUCUCGGUCAGAAUGACAAAUGCAUAACUGCAUAUGGAAAGACAUAAUCACUCAGUGUAAAACAGUAUCAAGUACAUAAAACAAACAAACAAACAUAGAGCAGAUUAAAUUAAAAAGUUGAAAUUAAAAUGCCCAUGAGUGUCAAAAAAGAAGAAGACCUUAAUGCAGGCACCAGGCUUAUGUGGGGAGGACAUCCCAUGACCGAGAUGCCACCAUGAAGAAGACUCCUACCUAAUGGUCACCCAUCUAAGGUCAUUGGGUGAAUAGCCCAGACAAUGGACUCCAGUAAACAUCUUAAAGACAGGCAGCUAUAUAUGAGGGCAGGGGGAGAAGGUGAUGCUUGACAAGCCGCCUGUUUUUUUGUUGCCUAGAACACACGGAGAGAAGCAUAUUGGUGUCCCAGCAGGCCUGCCACAUAGGUAUGAAAACAUAACCUAUAGUACCUCACUCAGGCAGGAAUCUGAUUCUGCCAUUUAGCCCAUCAAUUGUGUAAACUGAUUCUCUUUGCCUGAAAUUUGAACAGCUCUUUAGAUUUCUUCCCUGCAUGCGACAUGAAAAUGCAGGAAAUCUGAGUAUUUAUAAUUUUAUGAUGAUUUCUUUUUUUUAAAAAAAAAAAUUCAAUCUUUAUGGCACAAGGUUUUGCCCUGAUAAUUACUAAAUAGGUUGUUCCCCCUUUACUGAACUUGGCAUAUAAAAGGUGCUAUAAUUAAAUGAGAAGAUGAAACAUAAUGAACUGAUUUUAGAGCUAUGCUUUUUAAAAAAAAUAAUACACAUUCUGCAUAUCUCGUCAAUAUUUACUAGCUGGAAGUAAAUUAGCAAAAUUAGAUACUUCUUAGCUCUUUAGCAGAGCAGGGGGAAAAGAUCAAAUCAGCAGGCCCAAUAGUCAAUUAUCUUAAUGGAUUCUGCUGUAUAAAGUGGACCCAUUGUUAUUUAAGUUACAAAGUGACAAGCAAUUACUUAAUGAGCUCGUAUAUUACCCUUUUCCUUUCAACUUUGUAAUUAUUGAAUUAAUUGAGAACUGAACUCCUAGAUAACCAUGUCUUUUAAUAGAGUAAUUAAAGGAAAGUAAAUGAUAAGUUCUAGAAGCUGCCUUACUUUUCUUUGAAAAUACAGCAGGAAUUUGGCACUAAGAAGAAUUCAGCUUCCUUUACUCACAAAAAUAAAAUUUCUGCUAUCUGUAUUUCCCAGGGCUGCCAGAAUAUGAACUAUGGUAUAUGACAAACGUUGCCAGCCCUGAUGUAAAAUUGGUGCAAAAUAAAAUGUAUGUAUAAACAAAUACAUGCGUUCUUAUUAUCUAAUUUAAGCAUGACUUUGGCAAAGGUGGGCUAGAAAUUUAAUGAAGAAAUAAAGAAGAGGUAAGGGCACACAAUUCCUUUGGUUCAGAAUAACAGAACAUUAGAAAGGUAUAAGGCAUAGGAAGGUUCACCUGCAUUCUGAGAAGGGUUUGAAUUCUUCUCAGCUGAGCAGGUGAUGCCCUGUUAGCACAAGCAGUGAAACAGAGAUCUACAGCUUUUGUGAACAGAAAUGUGCAGACUACCGUACUUUUCCGUGUAUAAGACGCCCCCGUGCAUAAGAUGCCCCCUGUUUUGGGGGACUCCAGUUUAAGAAUAUGACCCAGAGUUGUGGAGCUUUUUAUUGGGAAGCUGGCCCAAAGUUGUUGAGAUUUUGGGGGGGGGGGUCGGAUGCAGUAAUUCAGUUGCAAUCGCUCCCGCCGCUCGCUUACAAUCACUUGCGUCAGCCCCAUUGUAUAUCGGGGGGGCAGUGUGGAGAGAGUCUCCUCCUUUAAAUUCCUGGGAGUUUACCUUAGUAAACUCACUUUGAAAAUCAACAUAACUCAGGUGGUCAGAAAGGCCCAACAGAGACUCCAUUUCUUCAGGGUCUUGUGAAAGAAUAAUGUUAAACAACAACUGAUGAACUCCUUCUACCGGUCCAUAAUAGAAAGUGACCUUUCAUAUUGUAUCACAGUGUGGUAUGCUAGCCUGACAGCCACAGACAGAAAGUCUCUACAGAGGGUGGUGAAUACAGCACAUGAUAUCAUAGGCUGUCCCUUGAGUCCACUAGAUGACAUCGCAAGGGAUCGUUGUCUUAGGAGAGCGAGAAAAAUUCUCAGGGGUGACUCACACCCGGCCAUCACCUCUUUAAUCCUCUACCCUUGGGCAGGAGAUAUAGAAGUAUAAUCAGCCAUACCAACAGGCUAAAAAAUAGCUUCUAUCCGUGGGCUGUUAGGCUGUUGAAUGGAAAAUAACAUAGCACAAUUGACUUGUGAGGUGGUGUGUUGUUCGAUAAGAGAUUGAGUGUUUGGGUGGGAGGGAGGGAGGCUCGUUUAAUUUCAUUGUACACAGGGUGUACAAUGACAAUAAUGGUAUUAUUCUUAUUAACAAGUGUCUGCCCGAUCACAAACAGCGGCAGGAAAUAGUAAGCAAAGUUGCCGCAGCAGCAGCCAACCCACAACAGCCCUUGAUGCAGCAACCAAUCACACACAAAAUCGCCAGUGACAAUCUGCAGCUUAUGGCUGCAACCCGUCACCCAUCACCCCUACCCACUACCUGUGUAUAAGACGCCCCCAGUUUUUAAAGCUUAUUUUUGAGUAAAAAACCCUCAUCUUAUACACGGAAAAGUACAAUAUAUACAUCGGGAGGAUGUCCUCAUACAUUGAAAGAACCCCAUAGGGUUGCAUGGGCUAGUUCUGCAUCUUACUGCUUGUGUGCAUCAUAGCAUCACCUUCUGCAACCUGCCCAUUCAUCCAAUGUAUGAAAGGACUUUAUGGAGGUGCUCUUGCCUAAAUAGUGUCAGGAGCUCAUCCUACACUCGAGUAGGACCCUGGCAGAGACACAUGCCCGACUGGCAUGUUCCCUCCCUUCUGGUCAUUCGUUUGGGAGCUUCAAAAGCUUUCUUCUGCCUGAAUAUCACAGCAACUGAUGCCAACAGACACCGGCACACUUAGGGAUCCGCAGAGUCUUCACAGUUCGCGUGACAGACCUCAGCAACUCAGCAUUUUGGCUAAUCUACUUUAUUUACAUAUAAACACACACAGAGCACCACAACAUGGCUCUCUCUCUCUCUAGCAUCAGACAGCAAAGAGAAAAGGGACAAAGGACAAUAGUCCCACUUCACGGAACACAGUAACACAAACAUCCUGUUUCCGUCACUCUGUGGAGUCAAAACAUACACCGUCAUGUGAUAGACAAAAAUCCCAUGACUGCAGUCAUGGAGCAGGAAUUCUAACAAAUAGCAAUAUGUUUCAAUGUAUUGUAAGGGGGUAAAAAUGAGAACAGGCAUUUCUGAGCUGUGAUUGGUAGAGAACAGCACUUUCACAAUACAGCCUAGUGAACAUGCCUCAAGCCGGAUCCUUCCUUUGAUUGGGGCUCCCCAUCUCUGCAUACCUCGAGCCUGCUUUAGUCCAAAUUUCUCACAGAAUACUGGCAAGACUUUGGAAUUAAACAAAAUAAAUGCAUAGCACAUUAUGCACCCCUGGCUACUCACAGUAGGCAAGAUUAACUUUUCCUGUAGCCCUAAUGAUUAGCAUUCCAAAUAUGGCAACUGAAUGAUUAUACCUGAUGGGUAUUUUUAAAAAAACUUAAGCAUUUAAUUAGAUGCUAGGAAACUCAAUUAGAGUGGCUUAGUUAGACAAACACUCUGGGUUCUAUUUAUAUAUUCGAAGAAUAACUCAAGAAGUUUAAUUCUUUUCUGGAAUCAUAUAUGAUCCGGCCUAAUCAAAUCAUAAGCAUUAUUACAUAAUUGUGCAAAAUGGGUAAGGUCUCUAAUUUUGGACAAGUCCCAAUGUUUGCUUUUUCUAAAAAGUUAAAAAGGCAAGUUAUUAAUUGACAGGCGAGAAUUUGUCUUAGAAACCUAGAAUCUUUAUUACUUUCAUUUAUGUUCCUUCCCCUGCCCCCGGAGGUAUAUGCUCUUCUGUCUAUGUGUACUAUAUAUGAGAACAGAUGAGUGUGGGUCUUAUGUGUGUAUGUAUAUGAACACAUUUGCGUGUUUGUGUAUAUGUGUGAGUGAGCAAUUGAGAGAGAAAGUGUGGGUUAGCCUCACCAAUAUUUUUAUUGGAUCCACUCACUGUGGGCAUGCAGGCUGCAGAUUUAUCAUGUGGGAAUGGAGACUCUAGGCUGAAAAAAGUCCAACCACUUCCUGCUCUCAGACCUCACAGAACCCCCAUUGUAUUUUAUUGUAUUUUUCACAGCUGUGGUGCUUCCCAGCUGAAACCCUUAUGCCAGAUCUAGUGAGUUCCAACAAUUUUACUGCAGCUUGGCAGCGCUUUGACUUGGCCAUUUACACGCUGGGGACGAACCAACUUGCCUCCUCCUAUUCCAUGUAUUUUGGAAUGUAACCACUUAGAGAUUCAUUUUGUAGCGGAGACCAGGAAUCAGGCAAUGGGUAGCAAAGCAAAAGGAUUUACUCUUGUAGAAGAAUGGUGUCUCAUCAUAGGGCAGACAAUAGACUCCACGAACACGUCACACACACAUGCCCUCCAACUGCCCCAAUUUUGCUGGGACUGUCCCAAAAACGCUCUAGCCAUCACGGCUUCUCAUGCUAUCCCAGAAAAUUCCCCCAAAUCCUAACAAUACCCCAGAGCAGUCAAGAGGUUCCUUUCUUCAGGGUCAUCUUUAGCAUAUGCAGUUGCUGUUGUUUAGUCAUUUAGUCGUGUCCGACUCUUCGUGACCCCAUGGACCAGAGCACGCCAGGCACUCCUGUCUUCCACUGCCUCCCACAGUUUGGUCAAACUCAUGUUUGUAGCCUCGAGAACAUUAUCCAACCAUCUUGUCCUCUGUCGUCCCCUUCUCCUUGUGCCCUCCAUCUUUCCCAACAUCAGGGUCUUUUCCAGGGAGUCUUCUCUUCUCCUGAGGUGGCCAAAGUAUUGGAGCCUCAGCUUCAGGAUCUGUCCUUCCAGUGAGCACUCAGGGCUGAUUUCCUUCAGAAUAGAUAGGUUUGAUCUUCUUGCAGUCCAUGAGACUCUCAAGAGUCUCGUCCAGCACCAUAAUUCACUGCAUAUGCAGUGCCAGGGUGCAAAAAAACCCAAAAAAACUUUGGUCUGUCUGGGGGCACGCAACUCUCUCAUACCGCUGCAGGUGGAGGGUGGAGGGAGGUGAGCAAUCCCCACAGAGGCUUGGGAGGAAAGCUGCACACCUCAUGUGAGCAGCGUGCAUGCGUGCACUGGGCGGGCCUCUCGACAGCCUGCCAAUCCCAAGCGCACAGGAGGCCAGAGCCUGCUUGUUGCCUCAGCACCCUCAGCAGAAAAGCCUGCAGCACUCUGACAGGCUCUGCUCCGCUGUCAGCUGGCCUGGCUCUUCAAUCUCCAGACUCCAAAUCUCAGCCCCAGACUCUUGGCCUGGCACCCCUGAGAGCCCGGCGCCCGGGUGCCCCACACCGCUAGAGCCUAUGGGUAAGCUGGCCCUGAGGUUCCUGCUGCUCAGCUCCACAAUGGUUAACAGCAGCAACAGAGCUGCCACUCCUAGAGUGGAAGGGAAGGCUGGUGAGAAAGGAGCUUCUGUUUCCCCCUCUGUGUUGUCCUGGAUGUGCGCUUCGUUGGCACAGGCUUCCCUCCAUUUCCCUGCCUGGUGGCUGCCAUGGAACAUGUGUGGUGCUGUGGAGUUCCUGAGGGAGGAAAGAGUGGGAGUUCAGGGAAAUGGUGGCUGCGGUGGUGGUGGUGGUGGUGGUGGCAGAGGGUGGCAGUGGAGGAUGCAGUCUUUGGAGGAGGAGGCCAGGGGCACCCUCAGCCUGAGCGAGAGGAAGCUGAGGGACUAACUAUGGGGUUUCACCACCAGUCACAACCUCAGUGACACCAUGCAGGCUGGUGAGCUGUGGAAGGAGAGGAGAGUUGGUUGCUUCCAACAUUCCUUGGAUGAAAUGUCCCUAUUUUCAUCUGAGGAAAGUUGGAGGGUAUGCACACAUGCUUUUAUAGUUUUCCACGAACAGCCUUAUGCAUACAUUGUUGAUUCUAAUAAACCCCGUGUCACCCAGCUGCAAGCAUCUCCACCCUAGCCUGUCCUACCUUUAUGCAGUAUGAAUGAAUGAAUGAAUGAAUCAAUCAAUCGUUAUUUCCGUCAACCAUCGGCCAUAGCAAUAAAACAACAAUACGCUAUACAAAGAAUAGAAAUAAAAAGUCAAUUAUAUAAAAUACAUUUUAGGGUUUUGAAUCAAUGGUCAAAUAGAGGAUCUUAUUCUGAAUGCCCCAGCUAAAAACCUUGCAACCAUUGCUGUCACCUGCUCAUCUUGACCUGCCAAGAGAAAGGACACUGUGGCAGUGGGUGGGCAACCGGGAGUGGACAAUAAAAGAGGGGUGAUAAUCUCUUCCUCAAGUCUUUAUAAAGAGUGCAAACCAGAAGGGCAUGCGCCACCAAUUCGAUACUGGGACAUAAGCGUUUUUCGUAUGGAAUCUGUUGGAAUCGUCCCUCAAGUAUAGCUGUAGGCAAUACAUUCAAUCCUGUGAAAGUGUCCUUUAUGCAGUAGUUAUAAGCCAAUCAUAAACUUGGAUAAGCAACCUUAAGCUAUGCAUAUUGGAGACUUUAUGCUCUGUCCUCACUAAGCCUUCCCUAACUUCAUUUGUAUAACUUGGGACUCAGCUACACUGGUCAACUAUAUCAUUAAAAUGUGUUAUAAAAAUGUGAAACCAGAGGGCUCUGUAGAGCAGCAAUCUGUCCUCAAUGUUAAAUUGCAUUGGGAGCUAUGUUUUAUAGUGUUUUUCAUAUCUGUGUAGAUCCAGCCUUCCAGUUAGCAUGGCCUACACUUUUUUUGCUGAUCCUUGCCUCUCAAGUAUUAACUUACCCAACACCUAGCUCAACCACAAGCUUGAUUUUUUUCAGCUCGUAGUUCAAAAAGUUUCCUGUCGUCGUCUGGAACAAGGUGUUCAGAUAUGUAGCUAUUAGCAGCUUACAAGCAAGGGUUACCAUUUCCCAGAAACAGGCCCCAAAUUUAGCCCAGGGCAUCAUUGUUUCUUACUUAGCUGUAUUUCUUCGCUUUCUGCUUCUUCUCUCAGGCAGUGUGCCUCCAUUUUUCAACACACGUCCCCUUUGAGGAAAACAAAACAAAACAGUUCCACUUCACUGGCAUCCUUCAGGGACAACACAGCUUUGACUGAGCUGUGAUUAGUGUGUAGGACUAGUGGGAAAAAUAUAGAUGAAAGAUAGUUGAAAAUGGUAAAGCAAUAUGAUAAGGCAUAAUGGCACAUAUAUGACAACUUUACAAGCAAGGAGGAACUCUUGGGGAAAGGAUAUUUUUAAAGGAUUCUUUGAGAAACUUCAUAAAUAACAAGCGGAUUCUAAAUCUAUCCAAGCUGAGUUCACCCACUGCUAAAUAAGAGGGGAUAUGCCUGGAGUGGUUUUUAGCUCCUGUAGGACUUGAGAAAUUCUGGUCAAAUGAUUGAAAUCAGAAAACAGCCUAUGGAAGAGUUGUAUGCAUGUCUAUUCGAGGUACAGCAAAAGUUAAAAUUCUAAUAACAAAACAAAAACAUUAAAAACCUGCACAUACCCUCAGGGCUGUUACUCUAAACGAAUGAAAGUGUCAAGGAUUUUGUAAUAGGUUCCUCUCAAAAGCGCAUUAGAACCUCAAAUUCUUCCAGAUCCUUGUAUUGAUACAUCCAUAUGGCCAGCAGUUUUUCCGAAGUCUAAUAAAUGUAAUAAGCAAGUAAAAUAAGCAAGAUUUGGUUAUUCUUGCUUGGGGUGGCAUUAUGUUUUAAGGCCCCGCUCCCCAGUUUACUUGUUGAACAGGGAGGGCCCAAGACAUUUUGCUGCCUGAUGCAGGACAGUAAAUGGUACCCUCCACUCCUCAAAUCAAAGUUCAUAGUAACCAAGGACUAUAGUUCAGUGGUAGAACAUCUCCUUUGCAUGCAGAAGGUCCUAAGUUCAAUUCCUGGCAUCUACAACUAGGACAGGGAAAAUUCCCUGUCUUAAACCCUGGAGAAUUGCUGCCUGCCUAUCAUAGAGGGACCUAUGAUAUAACUCAAUAUAAAGCUUAUUCUUAUGUUCCUGUGUAAGGCUGACAGUUAUUUCUACACCUGAGACAGAAAAGGUGCCACCCCCUGGGAGUAAAUAUACAGUAAUAUUGAAGAACUGUCAAUUGCUACCCUUCUAUUACACCCAAUAUCAGCUGUCUAAGCCAGCUGCUUCACUCUGCCUAUUGGUAGGGCUGGUCCUGUUAAACAAUAUAAAGUUACAGUCAUACCUCGGGUUACAGACGCUUCAGGUUGCAUUUUUUCGGGUUAUGGACCGCCGAAACCUGGAAGUGCCGGAACGAGUUACUUCCAGGUCUUGGCAGUCACACAUGCGCAGAAGUGCCUAAUUGCAACCCGCACGUGCGCAGAAGUGCAUCUCGCACAGAUCACGUUCGCAACCUGAGCAUCCACUGUAUUUAUCAAUCUGUGAGUUCACUAAAACUUGUGGGGCUAUAAAUGCCUGAGGCAAUGUUUGAAGCAGAAAAGUUGCCAUUUUGAUUGCAGACAUUCUAUCUAUCCAAUAUAUUAUUAUUAAUAAUAAUAAUGAUUUUGUUGUUGUUUAGUCGUUUAGUCGUGUCUGACUCUUUGUGACCCCAUGGACCAGAGCAAGCCAGGCACUUCUGUCUUCAAUAAUAAUGAUACCCCACCUUUUUACCUGACAAAGACUCAUUCCAUAUCCCACCCAUUCUUCUGAGUCUUGGACAGCAAUCUCCUUUUCCCUGCCCAGGAAUUAUAAUUACAGACAAGGGCAGCCUGUCCUGUUUUGCCACCUGAGGUGAAACAGGAUGGUGUUACCCCUGCCACUGCCUUUGCCGCCCUCACCAACAAAGCCUCCUUCAGCGGUGUUGCAUGGGAACAGCUUCCGGCGCAAUUUUGUGGAGCUCUCGCGAGAUCUUGCUGGAAGCCACUGCUGCACGACCUCGGUGGUAGGCAUGCAGGGCACCUACAUGGGCACUGCCCCACAGGAUUUUACCACGCAAGAUGGCUGCUUUGGUCCACCUCAUAGGCAGCCCAGCCCUGGUUACACACCUAAUGAUGGAGAUGCAUGCGUGACAAUUCCAAAUGCCUUUCACUUUUUGUAAAUGUGAAUUUAGAUUUAAUAAUCUCUUGCUGGCCCUCAAUUGUUAAGGUAAUAUCAACUGCAAAUCUGUUAGUUUGGCCCAAUGCGAGAACUGUCUACCUACGAGCAUCUACCCCCACACACCAAAUUAAUUUGUGUCACUGCGUUCUACAAGCAUAAAUGUCUUGCAGAGAUACACAUGUGCCUCAGAUUGAUGUCUUAUCAGCUAUCCCUAGAUGGACCAAGAUGACAGCAAGGGAAGAGAAAGAGAGGCAAGACUGGGGGACAUCCGGUAGCAUUUAACUGGUUGGUCCUGAGUGAAGGACGUGGGGACAGCUCCCUAUGCUAGACAGGGAGAUAAUGCAUUGCAUUUUGACGUUGCUUAUCUUUUAGAAAUGUUAACAGCAUGUAGGCUGCAGAACUCAUCGAGCCACUUUGUCAAGGACGUGUGAUAUUUUUUACUGCACUGCAGAGCCAACUCAGUUGUGUUCUAACGAAUUUAAAAUUGAUCAUAAUACUGCUUUCAGUGUUCUCCUGGAAAAAAAUAAUAAAGAGAAUGGCACAGUUUGCUUAAUUAGUUUGCAGUUAUAUUUUCUGAGGAGAUAUAUAAAAAAUGUGUUAAGAGUGUCUCUUGUUCUCAUUGCAGUAGUUAAGGGUCUGUCUGGGCUUCUGUUAUGAACUUGUAAUUUUUGGGAUUUGUAAGUUUUACUCUGCCAUGAAAAACUGCCUCAAGCUGCAACUGGGCCUAACAAGGUCCCGAAUAUAGAAUGCAUAUUUUACAGAGUGGGAAAAUGGGGAGAGUGUUCUCAGAUAGGCAGCAAGCGAUGUCUGACAAAAUUAGCACCUCACACUUCUUCUGUGGCUCUUGCAAUCUCCAAGAUCUACAGAGCAAGUGUGAGGUGGCAAUUUUAUCGUAUCCCUCUUUUUAAUCCAAGGAUUCCAGGGCAGCAUACACAGGUUAAUUCUCUUCUGCAAUGUAUGUUUGGUUGAGAAAUGGUGACGGGCUCAAGGUCCCUAAGAGUCUUUCUGCCUCAGGUCUCUGCGCUCCAAAUCCAGCACUCUCUUCUAGGGCUGGCAAGAAGCAAUUCAUCUAUUCAAAUUUUGCAACGUUGAACCAGAAAUUCAAGGAGUAAUUGCUUCCAUCAAAUGAUAGUUUGGGGGGGCAUUUCUCUGUUUCUAUUCUGGUGGACAAGGCAUGCUCAGGACCCUAGCUAACAGGGCAGAGGAAGGUGAAGCCUAGGCAACCAUAAUGACUAGAUAUUAUCAAACAAUAGAUUGCGCAACAACAAAGGGAGAGGUCACUUUGAUUCUAUUUGCAUGAAAGAGUUAAAAAGGCAAGAUUGCAGUGUGAUUCAGCACAGGGUCCCUUACAAACAAGCGAUUUGUAUAGAAUCAUAGAAUCAUAGAAUCAUAGAAUCAUAGAGUUGGAAGAGACCACAAGGGCCAUCGAGUCCAACCGCCUGCCAAGCAGGAAACACCAUCAGAGCACUCCUGACAUAUGGUUGUCAAGCCUCUGCUUAAAGACCUCCAAAGAAGGAGACUCCACCACACUCCUUGGCAGCAAAUUCCACUGUCGAACAGCUCUUACUGUCAGGAAGUUCUUCCUAAUGUUUAGGUGGAAUCUUCUUUCUUGUAGUUUGGAUCCAUUGCUCCGUGUCCGCUUCUCCCUGUUAAAAUUCAUCUUGUUUGUUUUUGCCCAGUUCUCUAAUCUGUCAAGGUCGUUUUGAAGUGUGAUCCUGUCCUCUGGGGUGUUAGCCACCCCUCCCAGUUUGGUGUCAUCUGCAAAUUUGAUCAGGAUGCCCUUGAGUCCAUCAUCCAAGUCGUUGAUAAAGAUGUUGAAUAAGACCGGGCCCAAGACAGAACCCUGUGGCACCCCACUAGUCACUCUUCUCCAGGAUGAAGAGGAACCAUUGAUGAGCACCCUUUCGGUUCGGUCAGUCAGCCAGUUACAAAUCCAAUGAGUGGUAGCAUAGUCAAGACCGCAUUUUACCAGCUUCUUUACAAGAAUAUCAUGGGGCACCUUGUCAAAUGCCUUGCUGAAAUCAAGGUAGGCUACAUCCACUGCGUUCCCUUCAUCUACCAGGCUUGUAAUUCUGUCAAAAAACGAGAUCAGGUUAGUCUGACAUGACUUCUUUUUCAGAAAUCCAUGCUGACUAUUGGUGAUCACAGCAUUCCUUUCUAGGUGCUCACAGACUGUUUGCUUAAUGAUCUGCUCCAGAAUCUUCCCUGGUAUUGAUGUCAGACUGACUGGGCGGUAAUUAUUUGGGUCCUCUCUUUUCCCUUUUUGAAAAUAGGGACAACAUUUGCCCUCCUCCAGUCUGCCGGGACUUCGCCUGUUCUCCAGGAAUUCUCAAAGAUGACUGCCAGUGGUUCUGAGAUCACAUCUGCCAGUUCUUUUAAUACUCUUGGAUGCAGUUCAUCUGGCCCUGGAGACUUGAAUGCAUCUAAACUAGCCAAGUAUUCUUGUACUAUCUCCUUAGUUAUUCUGGGCUGUGUUUCCUCUGCUGAAUCAUUUGCUCCAAAUUCUUCAGGUUGGGCAUUGUUUUCUUUAUCGGAGAAGACUGAGGCAAAGAAGGCAUUGAGGAGUUCAGCCCUUUCUGUGUCCCCUGUUUGCAUUUUGCAUGUAAGGAUAACACUUGUUGAUUUCGCCUCAUAUCUUUGAUUCUUCAGGGGCUAGUGACUUUCUUUAAAGCAGGCACAGGCAAACUCGGCCCUUGAGAUGUUUUGGGACUACAACUCCCAUCAUCCCUAGCUAACAGGACCAGUGGUCAGGGAUGAUGGGAAUUGUAGUCCCAAAAACAUCUGGAGAGCUGAGUUUGCCUAUGCCUGCUUUAAAGAGAGAGAGUUGGACACAUGAAUUCUGGGGCAUUUAUUGGGUUCCAACUAUCAUGGCUAGAAUCUGGGCUAAGUCCUGGCCAAUUGCCCUCCGCACUGCCCCAUAUAUUUUCAUUCUGGCAGCCAUUUUUAAGCUCAGUUUGUAUAACCUAACAAAAUAGUUUAACCAGUCUACAAGAGGAAAAUACAACAAGCAUUGCUUCUUGCAAUUUGGGAGCUAGCCCUGUUCCGUUCAUCAAUUUUUUUGUAAAUUGGAAUACAGAAAAGCAUCAUCUGCUAUAUCAGGGCUGGAUAACCUAUGGCUUUCCAGAAUCACAGAAUGAUAGAAUUGGAAUAGACUCCGUGGGUCAUCUAGUCCAACCCCCUGCAAUGCAGAAGUUGGACUACAACUCCCAUAAUCAAUUAUUGUCAUGCUGACUGUGGAUGAUGGGAGCUGGAGUCUAGCCACAUCUGGAGAGUCACAGGUUAGCCAUCCCUACACAGAAUAGUAAUCAAUAUGUUUGAAGCAAGUUUUCAAGUUAUAUAGUGUCAUUAUUUUGGGGCUGGCAGAUCUUUCUGAGUUGUGAACUAAAGAUUACAGUGAAACUGUAUCAGGAUGUAAUUUACUGGGAAAUACUUUGAGAAUUUUCUUUUUUUAUUCCACCCAAUUGCUGGAGAAUUUGCCACUGUCCUCUAAAAGUAUUACUGUACAAGAAAUCCCUCUCUGUCUCUCCACCUGCAGAUAGGAUGGAUAAUUUUGGUAACCCCUUUUCACUCAGCCAUCAGUUGGCAACCUCUCUGCCUUUUUAACAAACUGCAAACUUGUUCAGCAUGUGUCUUUCUGAAGGUGGUACUGUAGUAACAGGCCAUCAAAGCUUAAUACUGACAAGUUGCUUCAAAAUAGCUAGGUGACAAAGUAUCUGUAAUAUUUCCUAGAAGUACUUCACAGAAACAGGUCAUUUAAACAAACAGUCUUCAGCAGCUCUGUGGGUUUUUCUUUUUUGUUAACUAGGCUGGAACUGAGAAUUAAAGGCUCUCUUGAGCUCACAGUUGGUGCAGGGGAGACUGCUAAUUGGACAGGCAGAGGUGUGGAACAGAAGAAAUAUGUUGUUCCUUUGCACAACACUUCUUCAGAAAAUGCACUUCAGGUAAAUUAUCAGGUGUUAGAGAAGCAUUCGAUAUACACAAACACAUUAGGUGCAAAAUAGAUUUCCUCUGUGUUCUUCUUGCUGAAAACAAAGAAACUUCUUUGCUUUCUCGUUGGAAAUGCCCUUACUAAAUUUCCCUUGUCUAAAACUAUAUCCUGUAUCUUAUUUCUUUUCUAUGGCGAACAUUUCCUUUCUUAAGGGCCCCUGUCCUUUCAGGGCAAUUUGAGAAGCCCCUUUAUUUUCUGCCUGGUAAGCAAUGAUGAGCCUAAACUGCUUCCUGCCAAUUUGUCCACCAAGGCAGUGAAUUUGGGAGAGGGCAAUUUUGAUGAUUUUUUUUCUUUCCUGAGGCAGAAUAAUUAUUAACUGAAACAGCAGUGGUGACAGCCUCCUCUCCCCCUUUCUUUCUUAAAUGUAGAUCUGAUGCUGUCACAAGCCAUCAAUUGUGACUACUGCUAAUUGCUACUAUUAUUUAUAUUUUUUCCUUUAAUAUAAUUAUACCCCCACCUUAUUAGAAAACAUGCAGGUUGCUUACAAAUAAUACUGUAUAACAAAGAGCCAUUAACAUAUUAAAUAAAUCAAUCAACGCCAAUAAAUAGAAUAAAAACAAGAUAAAAAUAACCCAACAAAACAGGAGUAAAAAAGGUAAAGGACCCCUGACAGUUAAGUCCAGUCGCAAACGACUCUGGGGUUGCGGCACUCAUCUCGCUUUAUUGGCCGAGGGAGCCGACGUUUGUCCGCAGACAGCUUCUGGGUCAUGUGGCCAGUAUGACUAAGCCGCUUCUGGUGAAACCAGAGCAGCGCACAGAAACGCUGUUUACCUUCCCGCCAGAGUGGUACCUAUUUAUUUACUUGCACUUUGACGUGCUUUCGAACUGCUAGGUUGGCAGGAGCUGGGACCAAGCAAUGGGAGCUCACCCAGUCGCGGGAAUUCGAACCUCUGGCCUUCUGAUCGGCAAGCCCUAGGCUCUGUGGUUUAGACCACAGCGCCACCCGCGUCCAACAAGGGCACUAAAUCCUACUACUCCAGGCAUCAUUUAAUAAGUACAUAGGGUUGUCAAUGUUGGGAUCUCCGCUCGGCCAAGAUGAUAAAGCUCAUUUUCCUCCGGAAUUGCCCCCGACGAUAAUUAACAACCUGAGCCUUUGAUGAGGCCUCAGGCACAUCCCUGAUUCAGCAGAGAAUCCAAAGCAGCACAUGGAAGUGAUGAGAUUUAUGGCUACAUGCUAUGCUUUAUUACUAAGCAGAGAGCAAAGAAAAAUAUUUUUUUUAUAAGAUAUUUAUUAGGAUUUUUAAAAUAUUACAAGAAAAAAUGAAAAAGAAAAAAAAAACAAAAUAAAAAUGCUUAAAAACACUCAGAUUUUCUAUUACUUAUUUUUCCUUAGCUUGUUUACUGGACCUCCUCAUACCUCCCUUUUUGUAUUCCAGUUCAGUUUGUUGGUUCAGCAAAUCCUUACCCUCUUUAUUUAUCCUAAUCUUUAGUCUUAAAAUAGUAACUUUAAAUUUUUAUCUCUUAACAACCCAUUUUUCACAUUCCCUUAAAGCAUUACAGCUGGAAACCACUUAAUUUCUAUCCUACAUCGUUCUAACAUUCAUUAAUUUUACAAUAUUUCUGUAGAUAAUCUUUGAACUUCUUCCAAUCUUCUUCCACCGACUCUUCUCCCUGGUCUCGGAUUCUGCCAGUCAUUUCUGCCAAUUCCAUAUAGUCCAUCAGCUUCAUCUGCCAUUCUUCCAGAGUGGGUAAAUCUUGUGUCUUCCAAUACUUUGCGAUGAGUAUUCUUGCUGCUGUUGUGGCAUACAUAAAAAAAGUUCUAUCCUUCUUUGGCACCAAUUGGCCGACUAUGCCCAGGAGAAAGGCCUCUGGUUUCUUCAGGAAGGUAUAUUUAAAUACCUUUUUCAGUUCAUUAUAUAUCAUUUCCCAGAAAGCCUUAAUCCUUGGGCACGUCCACCAAAGGUGAAAGAAUGUACCUUCAGUUUCUUUACAUUUCCAACAUUUGUUAUCGGGCAAAUGAUAGAUUUUUGCAAGCUUGACUGGGGUCAUGUACCACCUGUAUAUCAUUUUCAUAAUAUUCUCUCUUAAGGCAUUACAUGCCGUAAACUUCAUACCUGUGGUCCAUAACUGUUCCCAGUCAGCCAUCAUUAUGUUAUGUCCAACAUCUUGUGCCCAUUUAAUCAUAGCAGAUUUCACCGUUUCAUCCUGAGUAUUCCAUUUCAACAGCAAGUUAUACAUCUUUGACAAAAUCUUAGUUUUGGGUUCUAAUAGUUCUGUUUCUAAUUUUGAUUUUUCCACCUGGAAACCAAUUUUCUUAUCCAAAUUAUAUGCCUCCAUUAUCUGAUAGUAAUGAAGCCAGUCUCGCACUUUGUUUUUUAAUUUCUCAAAACUCUGCAAUUUCAAUCUAUCUCCAUCUUGUUCCAAAAUUUCCCAAUAUUUCGGCCAUUUGGCCUCCAUAUUGAGCUUUUUCAGAGCUUUUGCUUCCAUCGGUGACAGCCACCUUGGGGUUUUAUUUUCCAAUAAGUCCUUGUAUCUUAUCCAGACAUUAAACAAUGCUUUCCUGACAAUGUGAUUUUUAAAUGCUUUAUGUGCUUUGACCUUAUCAUACCACAGAUAUGCAUGCCAUCCAAAUACAUUGUUGAAGCCUUCUAAAUCCAAAAUGUCAGUGUUUUCAAGAAGCAACCAUUCUUUCAACCAGCAAAAAGCUGCUGAUUCAUAGUAAAGUUUAAAGUCUGGCAGGGCAAAUCCACCUCUUUCCUUUGCAUCUGUUAAUAUUUUAAACUUUAUUCUAGGCUUCUUGCCCUGCCAGACAAAUUUAGAAAUAUCUCUCUGCCACCUCUUGAAACAGUCCAUUUUGUCCACAAUUUGCAAUGUUUGAAACAAAAACAACAUUCUAGGCAAUACAUUCAUUUUUACCGCAGCGAUACGGCCCAGCAGUGAAAGCUUCAAAUUUGACCAAAUUUCUAAAUCUUUUUUCACUUCAGCCCAGCAUUUUUCAUAGUUGUCUUUAAAUAGAUUCCCAUUUUUUGGUGUCAUGUUAAUCCCCAAGUAUUUAACUUUCUUAACCACUGUUAAACCUGUCUCAUUCUGAAACCUCUCUCUCUCCAUUGGUGUUAAAUUUUUCUCUAAAACCUUGGUCUUUAACUUAUUCAGCUUAAAUCCUGCAACUUGACCAAAUUCUUGAAUCAGUUCUAAAACUCUUUUGGUACUAGAUUCUGGCUCCUGUAACGUCAAUACUAAGUCAUCUGCAAAUGCUCUCAAUUUGUACUGUUUGGCUCCGACCUGUAUACCCUUCUAAUCAUAUUCAGCAGAACCUCCAGGACCGAUAUAAAAAGCAAUGGGGAAAUUGGGCAACCUUGUCUUGUCCCUUUUUCUAUGCUAAAUUCUUCCGUCACCACAUUAUUUACAAUUAGUUUAGCCUUUUGUUCUGAAUAAAUUGCACUUAUACCGUUUUCAAACCCUUGGCCUACCCACAUCCCCUGUAGGUUCUUCUGAGAGCAAAGAAAAAUACAUCCUCUCUCUGUGAGAGCAGAGAGCAACUGAACAAAGGAACAAAGGAACAGGAAACCAGUAACGUCACAUCCCAUCCGUCUCCUCUCCCGUGAGACUUCCAACAGCCUGGACUGUCUCUGGAAUGUGUGGAAUGUAAACAGAGUCUUGUGACUCCAAAGCACUGCUCAGUGGCAAACAGAAACUAACAGUCAACUGACCAGAAAGAAGAAGAAGAAGAAGAAGAAGAAGAAGAAGAAGAAGAAGAAGAAGAAGAAGAAGAAGAAGCCACCCAUAUGAAAGUUUGUGCUGUCAUUUUGGAGUGCCUAUUUAUGAGCUUGCCUUGUUUCUUCUUUUUUCUCCUUACAGAUUUGAGUGUCUGACAGGGCACAGAGAAGCUAGUGGAAUUCUACUCUUGCUUGCUAUAGUGUGCCAAUCCUUUGAAAAUGUGUCUCGGCUGCAAUGCUACUUGUGCAGUUCUACAUUCUAAAAACUUGUCUUCAGGGAAUACCUGCCUUGAAACAGAUUAAUGCACAGCCAAAGAACAAAGCUACCCAAUGAAUAAAUCAUAAAAAAGAUGGUUAAUAGCUGGAUAGCAUCAGACUGCGCCUGUGAUUUGAACAAAUCACAAGGUUGUCAAUUGCCACAGGUCCUCUUCUAUUAAAAAUUUAAGUGCCUACAACAGAAGCUAAAGAUCAAGGGCACAUUUGAAAGUGCUAAAAAGCUGUCCUUUGACCUAUGCAGGCACUACGCUUCUGCCAACACAAUUAUGCUACUUCCAUUGUUCAGCUCUGCAGAGGAGGCCUGUUCCUAGAAUGAAGCAAGUGAUAGAAUGCCAUUGCCUUCAUUCAUUCCCCACCGCCCUCAUUCACUUUUCCUCCCACCUGUGCAGCAUUUGCAAAAUAAAAAUAGUGUUUCAUUUAGGUUAUACAUAUUUCAAGGAGGGUGGGGAGCCAGAGAACAUCUAGAUGCAGAAUUUAUGCUGCAUAUGGAAUGAAAAUCCAAGAUCAUGAAAAUCCAAUCCAAUCCAAAUAACUUUAUAGUGCUAGCCAUUGGCCAUGACAAAUCAGAAUCAAAAAUAAAAACAAGCAAAAGGGAUGCCACAGCACAAAUAAUAGCCCCUCUUUAGAUUUCUGUGUCUCCCUUCCAGUUCGCUGCUAUAUUAUCCAUGGUAUUCUUUCUGAUCUUUUUGGCCGCCAAAGCAAAAAGGGUGACUUUAUGAGUCACUGAAGCAUUUACAUUGCUAAGAAGCCAUGGGACCUUCUCUGCUGGGGAGAGACAUCUUUCCUGUACAGACAGUAGGGUGAGAAAUUGCCUCCAGGAUGGCAUCUUACCCUUUCCACUGCAAACAGAAGUACAGUGGUACCUCGGGUUACGAACGCUUCAGGUUACGAACUCCGCAAACCUGGAAGUUGGUGCUCCAGGUUGUGAACUUUGUAAUUACAUUACAAAUGUAAUCUGCUUCCGUGGCCAUGGGAGGCCUAUGUAGGGAAUGUGCGCCUCGGGUUAAGAACGCUUCGGGUUAAGAACGGACUUCUGGAAGGAAUUAAGUUCAUAACCCGAGGUACCACUGUCAGGGGCGUAGGAAGGAGGUGGGUCGCUCCAGGUGCCAUGAUGCAGGGGGGGGGGCAAAUUAUCAAGGAACAGUUACUGCCCUACUAGGGCGGUUCAUAAAAACCUUUUUUUAAAAAAAAUGCCUGCUCCUAAGGCCUUAUCUUACUACACUAGGGAUUAUAAAGCUAUAUCUGAAAUUUCAAGCAUAUCAGUUAAUAUAUUGACCCUCCUCCAUGAAAAUAACUGUUUACUUGGCCGUUUUCAUAUGUAGUGAAGGCUGAAAUUUCAAUUCAGUGGAGCCAAAACACAAUCCAUCCUGUAGAUUUAAGUAUCUGUCCAUAGUCGCCUACUUGUUAUCAGAGGCCCAGAAUCCACAUUCCCUUGUAAGAAAAUAUGAAAUAACGUAAAACCAUUUUUUGCAGCCGCCUUCCCCCCAAAAAAAUCAGUGGGGGGGGGGUUAACAAGAAAUUUGCUGCACCAGGUACCACCUGACCUUCCUACGCCUCUGACCACUGCAUAUCGUUACAUUUAACCAUUUAUAAAACACCACCCCGUUUUCAAAAAUGAAAAUGACAAUUGUCACUCUGAACACAGUGAAUCCAUGGUACUGUUUAUUUUAUUUUAUUUUAUUUAUUAGAUUUGUACAUCGCCCUUCAUCUAGAGAUAGUCUAAGGAUCUGGAGCAGCAAGAAGUUGACAAGAAGGUGGAAGAGAACCUGAUUAAUCCUGCACAUGGAAACCAAGGAGACUGAAAUGAACUAGGAAACCAUAAGAAGGAUGGCAGUUUGGUAAACUAUCAGCGAUGUUCUUCGCCAGACUUCUCUGCACUAACACAAUCCCUCCUCCUUCUCUGCUGCACUCUCCGAUUUUGGGUCAGGUGCUCCUACCAAGGGAUGUGCAAAUCUAAUAAAUAAAAUUGUCUCCCUAAGAUAUCAUAGGCCCAUCAAAGCUCUUUUAACUUCCCUUAGAUAUUUUGCCCAAGUAGGAAACUCCAAAAUUUGCCUUAAAUAUCUAUUUCAGGGAAAUUUUGGUGGCUGCUCUUUCACUACAUUUUGUAUCAUAACUCAGGAUGUAUGCGUGUGCAUUUAAUAUGAGCACUCAUGGAAGACGAUGCCUUAUGAGGAACGGCUAAGGGAGCUGGGCAUGUUUAGCCUGGAGAAGAGGAGGUUAAGGGGUGAUAUGAUAGCCAUGUUCAAAUAUAUAAAAGGAUGUCACAUAGAGGAGGGAGAAAGGUUGUUUUCUGCUGCUCCAGAGAAGCGGACAUGGAGCAAUGGAUCCAAACUACAAGAAAGAAGAUUCCACCUAAACAUUAGGAAGAACUUCCUGACAGUAAGAGCUGUUCGACAGUGGAAUUUGCUGCCAAGGAGUGUGGUGGAGUCUCCUUCUUUGGAGGUCUUUAAGCAGAGGCUUGACAACCAUAUGUCAGGAGUGCUCUGAUGGUGUUUCCUGCUUGGCAGAGGGUUGGACUCGAUGGCCCUUGUGGUCUCUUCCAACUCUAUGAUUCUAUGAUUCUAAGACUGAUAUUUAUGUUGUUGAGAUUCUCUUCUCCAGAUUUCAAAUGAAGUUGUAACAGUAUCAGCAACAAUAAUAAAUACUGAAGGGCGGGGGGCGAAGACAGCCAGGAUGGGAGCAACAAAAAUCAAGGCCAAAUUCAUGAUUCUUCUUCAUCUUUCUGGUCCUGCAAAAACCUUUAUCCAUCAUAUGGAGUAUUUAUUUUUUUCUGCUGUUCCUUAUAUGAUUUUCAUUCAAGGCUAUUUCUCUCAGAAUUCCUAUCAUUUGUGAACAUAUACUUUUUUAAAAAAAAGUAAUAAAAUAUGAAGCAGGGUUAAGAAAUUGGUUUUUUAUAUAUAUAUAAAAAUACUGGUGGCUGGAGAGCAAUUUAAUAUUUCUCCCUAAUAGUUAUGAACGUUUUCCUUCUUCUUCAAAGACUUAAUCAGCACUGUGAAGGACAAACUUAUCUGGCUCAAGCACACUCCCUCCCAGCCUGAGGUCAGGGAACAUGGUUCACAACAGUAAAUAACUGUGUAAACUGCUUCCAACUAAACCUUGCAAAAGUGAUCCAAACACGGCUUAUGUAAUCUGGAGAAAUGGCAAUUAGUUUUCAUGAUCAUGCUCAAGGAAUCAAGCUGGCAAGAAAAUUAAUUUAUCAAUAACAUUUUGUGUGCACUAACUUUGUCCUGUAAUAUUUUGCCGCUACAGGUCAGAGGCUGAAUUAUUUGCUCAGCACAGGAGCGUGCGAGAAGAUAUGAAAAGAGCUUCCAAAACUCAUAGACAUUAGGGAACAAAUGAAAUCACUCUUGCUAUGCACUGCAGACAGUUCUGUCUUGUUGGAAAGUGAUAUUGCAUAUUUGGGGUAUUCACCCACAAAAGUAGAUACAUAUUUUUUCGCAACUGUAGAAUGUACUCAGCACAGGUGCACAUACUAUGUUUAUUGUACCUUGUCAAUAUUGUUUUUCUUUUACAGUGGUAC